CAAUCUCUCACCUAUCUCGUAAUCAUUCUAAUCUAGGGUUCUUUCUUUACAAUCUAAACUGUUCUUUCUUUUUCUUUUGAUUGCCACUCGUUGUUAUUGUUAUUAAUCUCCACAAUGACAGAAAGUGAAAAAACUACGCUUCUCGCCGUAAAACAUGAAAUAGAAAGUGAUUCUGAAGCUAAUGAUCCCAACUAUCAGCAUGUCACUGAUCGUAGAACUCUUCGUACUCGUUAUCUCGCCGUUAAGAAUCUUAUUUUCGAUGAAAGAGAUGAUCUUUCUAGUAUCGAUUCUGCUAAAUUCAAGUCGAUUGUUAAUGACUUAGAGAGCUUACAUCAAUUCGUUCUUAAACCUAGAGAACAAAUUGCUGAUGCUGAGGCCCUUUUGGACAUCACAAACACAUUGCUUACCUCUGUCAAAGCAACAAACGGCGAUGGGAUUACGAUAUCGGAUUUUGUCGACUCUCUUGUUAGAGACUUUGCGAAACAAAGCAGUAGACCGGACGGCAGAACCUUGAUAGAUUGGAAGAAGAUUGGGAUCGAAUUUUCAGAUGCUUCGAGGAGCAGUCGUGGAUGUCGUACCAUGAUUGGGCCUAUGGAUACACAAAUGAAGCAAAGGAAAGCCAGACGAAAACGCGCCAGACUGGCAGAAAACGAGCAGCCUGCAGAGGUUGAUGAUACGGAUAUAAAGAAGAAGACAAAUACAGAUAUCAAUAUGGCAACCAUGUUUGACAUUCUAAGGAAACACAGAAUCGUGAGGCUCGAACAGUUGGUACUAAACAGGAACUCUUUUGCACAAACAGUGGAAAACAUAUUUGCAUUAUCAUUUCUAGUCAAAGAUGGUCGUGCUGAUAUUAAACUGGAUGAAAAAGGCAUUCAUUUAGUCUCACCAAAGAAUGCUCCUACUGCUACAGCAAUAGCAUCAAAAGAAGUUGUUUACAAUCACUUUGUUUUCAGAUUUGACUUUAAGGAUUGGAAGCUGAUGAAAGAUUAUAUUGAGGUUGGCCAUGAACUGAUGCCCCAUAGGGAUUAAAGUUGAAAGCAGUACAGCAAUUUUAACUUGCAUAUAUGUAACUCUUCUUCUACAAAUCUUGAAGCAAAAGGUAUUUAGAAACGCCAAUCUGAAAGCUAACUAGGAUUCAUGAUAUUAAUGGCAUAGGUUGUUGGUGUUGUUUUUGUUUAAUUGUAUGGCUUACAAUUGGGGCGUAAUUGGUUUAGUUCAUAGGAUAAUCGUUGUCGAUGCGAAGGCUUCUAUAAUAUUCCCUGGGUUUUUUUGUUUGUUCUUUUGCAGCUUUCUUUUAAGAAAGUUUAGUAAU